AUGACCCCGGAGGAGGAAGGUUCCCAGGCAGGGCCCCCGGAGCGGGUGCGUAUCCGCGUGGAGGAGCAGUCAUUCUCGGUGGAGAAGGCCUUGCUGGUGGAGAGCAGUGAGUACUUCCGUGCCCUCUUCCGCUCGGGCAUGAGGGAGAGCACGCAGGAGGAGAUUGGCCUGGGGGAGCUGAGUGCAGCCGGGUUCCUCGCCAUGCUGCGGGUGCUGGCGGGCGAGAGGCCCAUCCUUGGCAGCGAGGAGACCUUCCAGGCAGUGGAAUGUGCUGCCUUCCUGCAGGUGAAGCCCUUGGCCAAGUACUUGAUCCACUCCAUCAACUCUGACAACUGCAUCCUGCUGUACCAAGCCGCUGCCAUAUUCGGCCUCCUGGAUCUCUUCCACUGUGCCGCACUCUACAUCAGGGACAGCUACGCUGAGCUGGAGGAGUACCUGGACUGCCUCUCCGAUGACCUGCUGGCCUAUGUGGAAGCCCUCCUCCCCAGCACCUUUGUGGCAGUGGGAGCCCACACACCCACCUUCGAGUUCUUGGAGGACCUCUCCAGGACCAUCUGCUACCUGGACGAGGAGACCAACACAUGGAGGACCCUCUCCUGCCUUCCGCUGAGCGCCAGCACAUUCCUAGCCGGCAUGGCAACCAUGGAUAACAAGAUCUACAUCGUGGGUGGCGUCUACGGGGCCAACAAGCAGGUGGUGGAGAGCAGCUUCUGCUACGAUGCUGAUGCCAACACCUGGAGCGAGUUCCCCAGCCCUCACCAGCUGCGCUACGACGUCAGGCUGGUGGGCCACGAGGGCUAUCUCUACGCCAUUGGUGGUGAGUACGAGAAGAUCUCGCUCAAGUCCGUGGAGAGGUACGACCUGGCCUCCAGCACCUGGACCUUCGUCUCUGACCUGCCGCAACCGAGCACGGCAGCGCCCUGUGCCCAAGCCUUGGGGCAGAUCUUUGUUUGCUUGUGGCAGCCACUGGACACCACUGUCAUCUACGAGUACGAGACCCAGCAAGACGUGUGGCUUCCCGUCACCGAGCUCAAGCGGCACCAGAGCUACGGGCACUGCAUGGUGGCCCAUCGUGACAACCUCUACGUCAUGCGCAACGGCCCCUACGACGACUUCUUGCGCUGUGUCAUCGACUGCUUCAACCUGACGUCCCGGCAGUGGAGCGCCCUGCCCGGGCAGUUCAUGAACAGCAAGGGAGCUCUCUUCACUGCCAUUGUCAGGGGUGACACCAUCUACACUGUCAACAAGAUGCUGACUCUCCUCUACUCCGUGGAAGAGGAGACCUGGAAGCAGAAGAAGGAGCGGGCAGGUUUCCCACGCAGCGGCUCCCUGCAGACCUUCCUCCUGCGGCUGCCAAGGCGUGACCACGACAUCGCGACGUAG